AUGGUCCUGGCAGCCAAUCCUGAGCGUGUCAAGUCGGCCGAGGAAAAGGAGGAAAUUGCUCAGAAAUACAAGCAUGGCGAUUCGGUGUUUCCUGCGCUUUUGUCUCCAGAGCAAAAUGGUACCGUGUCGGACGAGGAAGAUCGGCAGUUGCUGGAGGAGGUUCGUGAAUUGAGUUUGCGAGAGAGCAGGACGGGGACCGGGGAAUCGAAUCACCGAGCAGGACAAUCUUCGAGGAGUAGACGAGCUGAGAGCGUUGAUGCCGAUGGACGGAGGGCAGAUGGCCGCUCGAGACGACGGCGUGAGGAGGAGCGUGCACUACGCCGACAGCCUGCGGCCCGUACAGAGGAUCACUCGGAGAGAACGAGACGGAUUGAGCAUCAGUCCAGUCUGCGAUCGCUGCUUAGCUUGUCCGAUACCGAAACAAUGGAAGAGGAGAUCCUGCGACAGAUCCUCGAUGACGGGCUGCUGAAUGAUAUCGACCUGGACAACCUUGGGCCUGCGCAGGAAGAGGAGUUGACUGAGCGCAUCGCCGAUGCUUAUCGUCGGAGACAUAUGCGACGACCGCGCUCGCGGCAGAGGCAAGAGGCCGAUGCAUCGCAGACGCCGCCGCGACCGCGUGCGAGGUCGCAAUCCAUGCAGAGACCACCGACGGUGUCCGCUCCACAGGCAUCCUCGAGGAAUCCACCCGUGUCAAGGCCGUAUCUGCUGGAGCCGCUUGUCUCGCGCUCGGAUGCUUCUAAUCAUCAGCGGCGUCUUUCGGAUCAGGGGGCUCGUCGCCGGAGAACGUCGCCGGUUCCUGUCAAUGUGGCGUCCACGUCGGAAGUCACGUUGCGGCCUGCUGCGAGGUCGUCCAGUGAUAUAGCUUCGGAUCGUCCUCGUCCUUCUCAGUCCUCCCGAGCUCGCGCGGCCGAAUUGGCGGCUGCUCCGAGGCCGCGACGGGCAACAGCGUCGGAGCAGAAUGUCCCGAACAUAUUCACACCCGAAGCCAGGAACCGCGAUCACCGCCAGCAGAUAUCAGGCAGAACAUCGAAUACCUCACCUGCGUCGGUGGCUUCACCGAGUACACCGAGUAACUCUUUUUCUGCGCGCUUGGAACAGACUACGACAGGUGCGUCUGCUUGUAGCUCUCUAGCACCCGCUGUGAACAGCCCUGUCAACCAACGCUCUCGACCUUCCUCUUCUCGUUCUCACGCCUCCCAACGUCCUUCAGCGACUUUCAUCGAACCUUCCAUCUCCUGCGACCGAUGUGGCAAGCAGAAUAUCCAAUAUGACCUUCACAAGAAAUGUCUACGAUGUAAAGAUGGAAGGUUCCACCUGUGCUUGCGGUGUUAUCGCCUCGGCCGCGGCUGUCUGCAAUGGGCGGGUUUUGGUCCGUCUGCAGAAGCUAACUUCGACCGAAUGCUUGCCUCUUCGACCGGUCGGACUAGGCCAUCGCGCGAGAUAGCGCAUGUCUUGCAAUUUUCCAGAUAUUCACGACCCUCUGAGAAUGUUCAUCGCACGACAAGCGAGGGUAUAGAGAUGACUAGCGACGAUCCAGCCCAAAGGUUGCAAACGGGACUCUUCUGUGACAUCUGCCACGCUUUGGCAAACAAAUGCUACUGGAAAUGCAACCAAUGCAACGAGGGGGGCUGGGGCUUCUGCAAUAAAUGUGUCAACCAAGGACGAUGCUGCACGCAUGCGCUUCUACCUAUCUGUCGACUUGCGCCUGGGCAUCGCUCGGGCGUACCAGUGUCGACCGGCAGUGACUCGACUAAUGGACCUAACAAUCCAUCGAGUCCUUCUACUUCCGCCGAUAACGGUAACGAAAUAUACAGGAUCCUCUCGUUCUCAACCAAGUGUGACAUCUGCACAUACCCCAUCCCAGCAUCAGCCACGAGAUUCCAUUGUCUCGAAUGCAAUGAAGGCGACUACGACGUCUGCGCAAACUGCUACCUCAAACUCGUUGCCACAGGCAAGAUCAGCAAAGAAAACGGUCACAAUGGCUGGCGCCGUUGUGUCAAAGGCCACCGUAUGGUUGUUGUCGGCUUCGAAGACCACGACGAAGGCCAGAGGAGGGUCGUCGUGCGCGACCUCGUCGGCGGCCGCGCCCUAAAAGACGAACACGUCCAGCAUCCUUCCACCUUGCCCUCCUCCACAACACAUUCGACUUACUCACCCGCGCCGAACAGCUCAGGCGCCGUCCCAUCCCCCGAACUCGGAUCCGGCGACUGGAGCUGGAAGGAAGGGUCUGAGCGAAGAAAGAAAGCCUCCCGCGUGCGAACUUCCUGGACAACCACCAACAAUGACCGCAGCAACUCAUUUCCAAUCAGUGCCACUGGUGGCUCCGGCUCGGGCUCCAACUCCGAAACAGCCACGCCCACCAGUUCCCACUCACCACCGUUCUUGCGCCGGUUCCCGCCCGACGGUGGAAUCGGCCUCAUCGUCCAUGCGCUCUGGUCGUGGUACCCCGAGGACGAGGUCCAGGAUGAACUGAUGUUUCCGCGCGGGGCGGAGAUAACAGAGGUUGAGAAUAUCAACGACGAUUGGUUUUGGGGUUGCUAUGCUGGUCAGACGGGGCUAUUUCCCGGAUCGCAUGUUACUGUUGUUGGGGAGAUCGUUUAG